AUUGUAUAUUUUAGUGAUGCAACAUUUUGUAAUGUGUGUUUGAUAGUUUUAUUUGAUUCAAUAUGUCGUGUUCAGAGGAAGUUAUUUUAGAAAUUGAAGGAACACCUGUCAAAUGUAAAAGAGAUGUACUUAUUUCCAAUAGUGAUUACUUUAAGGCAAUGCUGGAAGGAAACUUUAUAGAGAAGGAUCAAAAAACUAUUUCAAUUAAGGACGUAGAUCUAAAAGCUGUAAACAUUAUACUCACGCUUUUGGGGGAUCCUAGGAAUGAUACCGAAGAUGAAGAUGUACUUAUGAUACUACAUGCAGCUUGUAUGCUACAAUUUUGUGAGAUUAGAAACAUGUGUUUAGAUAAACUUAACCAAAUUCUAUCAGUACAAAAUUGUUUGAAAGUAUGGAUAAUGGCAGAGCAGCUAGAACUUAAACCGUUAGUUUUAAAAGCUAAGCGACUAGCAUUAACUGAAUUUAUGUCAAUUAUUAAAGAGAAUGACAGUAUUAAUGAUUUAAACUUACAACAACUUAUUAGAUAUAUUGGUAGUGUGCACCUUGUGACUGAUAGCGAGUUAACAGUGUUUCAAACACUAAUGAAAUGGUGGUACGAUCACAGCAAAGACCAUACUUCAGAUGACUUCAUUAAGCUACUUAGUUGUGUCAACUACAAACAACUUUUGCCUGAUCAUUUUAGAGAAAUAUUGACUUAUCCAGAUCUUGCUAUUACUGAAGUUGAAGAUAUUUUAAAGUGUUUGUACAAUCUUUUAAACAACAUUCCAAACAUUUCAUGCUCGAAGAAAUGUUUGAAAGUAGCAUCUGUGCUGAGUCAAUCAAAUGACCGAAAAAUAAUAAUUGACAGUGUACCUUGUCUUUUGGUCCGAAAUUCAUCUAAUGAUGUUCCCAAUAAGAAACGCCUUGUGGAAAACAAUGAAAUCGGUGUGGAUAAAAGCAAACUUCGUGUGGUUUACUAUGAUAGGAGCAAACUCCAUGUGAUUUACUAUGAUCGGAAACUUGGUGUAUUUCGAAGAUUCGUAAAUAUUUCAGAAGAAGUCGAAAAACAAUUCAGACGUUUUAUAUUAAAAGGAUAUAAAGAGUAUAUAUUUUUGUUUGGUGGAGAGCAUUUGGUGCAUGUGCCUGGUGAUGUGGAACGGAAAUAUAGUUUAUUGAUAUACGAUUCGAUCAAAGAGAUAUGGAUAACGAAAACGAGGAUGCCUUUUCCUUUCCCUAGAACACAUUUUGAAGCAUGUAUAGUGGGAUCUAAGGUGUUUAUUUCAGGAAGUAUUGGUAAAAAUCGAUUCAUCCCAGCGAACAUUUUUUAUUACGACUACAAAACGAACGAAUGGAGCGAACAGUAUACCUGUCCACAACGUAUACUUGAGAGAUCGUAUAAGUGCUGCAAUUAUUUAGAUAAAUUUCUAGUCUUUAGUUUAUAUAAGAAAUGUGCGUGUGUAUUCGAAGACAGUGGCUUUACGAUAUGGCCCGUGGUUUUCCCUCCGACACUUCAUCACGAUACAAAAAAAAUAUGGGUUGAAUGCGGAAAUUUUUCGCUUUUUGCAUAUAAGGAUCGACUGUAUUUAAAAGAAAUUGAAGGCACUCCUGUCAAAUGUAAAAAAGAUGUACUUAUUUCCAAUAGUGAUUACUUUAAGGCAAUGCUGGAAGGAAACUUUAUAGAAAAGGAUCAAGAGACUAUUUGCAUUAAGGACGUAGAUCUAAAAGCCAUUAACAUUAUUCUCACGCUUUUAUGGGAUCCUACGAUUUAUAUCGAAGAUGAAGAUGUACUCAUGGUACUACAUGCAGCUUGUAUGCUGCAAUUUUGUGAGAUUAGAAACAUGUGUUUAGAUAAGCUUAUCCAAAUUCUAUGUGUACAAAAUUGUUUGAAAAUAUGGAUAAUAACAGAACAGUUAGACAUUAAGCCGUUAUUUUUAAAAGCUAAACGUCUAGCAUUAGCUGAAUUUAUGAUGAUUAAAGAGACUGAUAGUAUUAAUGAUUUAAAUUUAGAACAACUUAUUAGAUAUAUUGGUAGUUUACACCUAGUGACUGAUAGUGAAUUAACAGUGUUUCAAACACUAAUGAAAUGGUGGUAUGAUCACAGCAAAGACCAUACUUCAGAUGACUUCAUCAAGCUACUUAGUUGCGUCAACUACAAACAACUCUUACCUGAUCAUUUUAGAGAAAUACGAACUUAUCCAGACCUUGCUAAUACUGAAGUUGAAGAUAUUUUAAAGUGUUUGUACAAUAUUUUAAACAACAUUCCAAACGGGUCAUGCUCGGAGAAAUAUGUAGAGGUAGCAACUAGGCUAAGUCAAUCAAAUGACCGAAAAAUUGAUAGUGUACCUUGUCUUUUAGUCCUAAAUUCAUAUGAUGAUGUUCCUAAUAAGAAACGCCUUGUGGAGAACAAUCAAACAGUUGUGGACAGAUAUAAACGAAAAAUAGUAUAUAAAAUAUUUGUUGCAGAUAAGAGCAACCUUCACCUGGUUUACUAUGAUCGGAAACUUGAUAUAUUUCGAGGAUUCAUAAAUAUUUUUAAAAGAUUAGAAGGUUUUAGACUGAGAGGAUAUAAAGAGUAUAUAUUUUUGUUUGGUGGAGAAUAUGUGCUUGGUAAAGGGGAAUGGAAUUAUACUUUCUGGGUAUACGAUUCGAUCAAAGACAUGUGGAGAACGAAAUCGAGGAUGCCUUUUCCUAGAAGACAUUUUGAAACGUGUAUAGUAGGAUCUAAGGUGUUUGUUUCAGGAGGUAUUGGUCAAUUUCGUAUAAUCCAAUCAAACGUUUUUUGGUACGACUACAAAACAGACGAAUGGAGCAAACAAUACCAGUUUCCCCAAAACGUAUUUGGGAGAUCGUAUAAAUGCUGUAAUUAUUUAGAUAAAUUUCUAAUCUUUAGUGUAAAUAAGAAAUGUGCAUAUUUUUUCGACGAGAAUAGUGGCUGGACGAUUUUACCCUUGGUUUUCCCGCCCACACUUGAUCACGAUAUAAAAAAUAUGCAGACUGAGUCCGGGAAGUUUUCACUUUUUGCAUAUAAGGAUCGACUAUAUGUAAAAGGCAAAGAAAUAUUAGAAAUGAAGAUGGUCCGAGAUGGAUUGGAAGUCAUUUCCGUAAAAACCAUUUCCACUGUUAAAUACGACGAAUUAGAAGAGACUGUCUGUGAUAAUAUACUAUAUACGUUGUACAAACAACAUACUUUAAACGGCUAUAUCUACUCGUUUGAAAAAUACAAUUUAGAUACCCACAAAAUCGAAAUCAUUUUCAAAAAACUGAAAGAAGAAGACUCGCUGUACGUAGAAGGGGAACUUUUAAACUUGGAUCAGUCGUUAAACAUAUUUUCAUUCUCUCACCAUAGUUUAUUUGACGAAAACCAAUUGGUGAAUAAAAAUUUCUGAGUUUUUAAUAAAAAUUAUUUAAGAUUCA